GUCGCUGCGGCGCUGCCUCAAUGGAGAGUGGGGAGGGGGGGAGAAAAAAAAACAACAAAACACAACAAACCCCCCCAGAACCCCGCACCACCACUGCCGUUUUUGGGGAGAAAAACUGAGAAACGGUCACAAACCCCCCCUCCCUCCCCUCAGUGCACAGCACUGCUGUCACCAAAAACCAACUUCUUCCACUGCAAUGCCCGCUGAAGGGCACGGAGCCGUGCACUGCUGUGCAGACUGCUCAUUUUGGGGGCAUUUUCUGCCAUUUUGGGGCACUUUCAGCCACUGUUUUUCAUUUUUAAAUGGGUGGAAAACAAGCAAAACUUGGGCUGAUGGGGACGACCCACCCGGGGUGAAACACCACCAUUCUGACACCACGGCCCCGAAUCUAUCCGGAUCUCCAAUUUGGGUGAAAAACAGCACAAAUACCUAUUUUCUCCCUUUCCUACACGUUUUUUGGGAGGUUUUGCUGCCGGGCUCUCUCUGCCUUUUCGUGUCGGGCGUCCACGCUGCCUCGGUUUUGGGGCAAUUUCCUGCGGUUUUGGUGCUCUCACUGAUCUGUGCGAAGAUCCCUUGCUGCCAACACCCAGCGCCCCUUUUUUUUUUUGCCUUUUUUCCCUCAAAAUCCGACGGUUCAAGGCUACACCUGCGAGACAGACCCCCUGCGUCAGCCCCCAUUUGGGGUGAAAGCACUCCUUUUUGCUACAUUGUCCACAAUCGGCCCCUUUUCGCAUCCCUCGCGUCGGAACAGGGGGGGGAGUGGGGGUGUUUUUGGGGCAAUUUCGGACAGAAGCGGGGUCCCAGCGCGCCCAGCUCCUCCCGCGCGUCCCAACCUCCAAAAAUGCCGGAAUUCCCCCCAAAACGCGCCACCGCGCCCCUCGUGAACUGGGGAGGUUUUGGUGAAUUCAGGGAGUCCGGUGCGCCAUCCUUUCCACCAUCGCAAACGGAGCCAUCCUGGGCUUUUUGCCUCGUUUCUCCCCCCGCCUCGCUCCCUUCCCUACGUUCACAACUCACGGUUUGGGGGCAUAAAGCCUAAAUUUAAGCUUCCUGCUGCCUUUUACGGAGAAAAACCUGAAAACACAGAAUAUUAACCCCCCCCUCCCUGCCCCGCCCCCACCCGCUGCCAUUUUGGGGCAGUUUGGGCUUUUUGUUACGCUGUUUUUGUUAAGCGAAGCUCCUGGCACAAGCUGCACUCCUGAUUUUCCAGCUCCUUUUUGAGGACAAAAAGCGGCUUUUCACAGAAUCUGUUCUUCCAAAGCUGCCGCUGCUUCCUAUCACUGCAUCUGCGAAAAGGGCGGAGAACACCCCAAAACACACCACCCCCCCCCAACACAACCCUGACCCCAUCGAGCCACCAGCCAAAAAUACACAGAAACGCCCCAAAAUUUAAAUUAUUUAGAAAAAAUUCUUACUUCUCAGAGUCCCAAUUACCCAAAUCUGUGGGUUUUAUCCUCAAAUCUCCCUGCAGAAAAGCUCCUGGCCGCUGAGAUUUCCCUUUCUUGGCUCAAAUCUUUAAAUCCUGAGGGUCCAUUUUUUCUCAUUUUCUCAUCGUAAUUAUCUUAAUAUGCUUUUUUUUUUUUAAUUGCUCCUCCACUUUGUCGCCUGUUGCUGCCACACCUGAGGGGGGAAACACACUCGAACACCCCCCCGACCCCCACAAAAGAAAACAGCACUUUUCCCUUUUUCCACCUUUUUAUCCUCCUUUCCCCACCUGCUCCGCCAUCCCCCCCAGCACAACAUUUUGGGGUAAGAAAACAAGGAUUUGGCACUUACUCUGCGGUGCACCACCGGUACCUACAACACUGUACAGCCGGAGCGUGAUGACGUUGGAUUUGGGGUUGCGUUCUUAUUUUUCCACAUUUUUUGCUAUUUUUUUUUUCCCCACCCCAAAAAAAUACACAUUCACCAUUUCCGUCGUUUUUUAUCCCAAAAUCUGCCCCACCACAGGGAAUUCCAGGGCGCUUUGUGGCCAAGCAGUGCCUGCAACGACAAGAGCCCCCCCCCGCCCCAUUGCGGGGCCUCACCGCGCCGCUCCUUUUGGGGCCGUUUCCGCUGAUUCGGUGAAUUCCGCCUCCAGCCUCACCACGCUCCGGCUGCUUCGCCUCAUUGCCUUCCAUUCCUUCUCUCUGCUUUUCCACAUCUUCUCUUCUCUGGGCCCUAUUCUUCCUCUCUUCACCAAAUUUCCUCUUUUCUUCCCCAAUUUACACUUCCAUUCGGGCUGGAACCACUCCUCGCUCCGCCGCCUCCCAUUUCUUCUACGUGCUGCUUUUCUAUCUUCCUCUCUUCUCUUCUCCUCUAUUUUCUCUUAUCCUGAUUUCCCUCUUCUAUUUUCUAUCUUCUUUCUUUCUUUCCUAUUUUCUAUCUUCUUUUUUUUUCCUAUUUUUCUAUCUUCUUUCUUUCCUAUCUUCUUUUUUUUUUUCCUAUUUUCUAUCUUCUUUUUUUUCCUAUUUUCUUUCAUUCUCCUCUCUUCUUUUUUUUUCUAUUUUCUCUUGUUUUUUUUUCUAUUUUUUCUAUUUUUCUGUUUUCUCUCUUCUGUUUUUCUCCUUUUUUUUUCUCAUUUUUCCUCUCUUCUUCCUUUUUUACUUUAUUUCCCUACUGCCUUCUUUUAUGUUUUUUCUAUUUUCUACCUUCUCUCUUCUACUUUUUUUUUUCUAUUUUCUUCUCUAUUUUCUGUCUACUUUUCUUCUGUUUUCUACUGUUUUCUAUUUUCUAAUUGUCUUCUAUUUUUCCUUUUUCUAUUUUUCUUUCUUUCUAUUUUCUCUAUUCUUCCUCUUCUUUACUUUCUAUUCUUCUCUACUUUUCUUUUUUCUCCUUUUUUCUGUUUUUUUUUUCAGUUUUCUCCUCUAUUUUUUUCUAUUUUCUAAUCUUCUAUUUUCUCUUCAAUUUCUUCAUUUUUUCUAUUAUUUUCUAAUCUUCCAUUUUAUCUUCUAUCAUUUUCUAUUUUCUAUUUUUUCUAUUUUCUGCUCUUCUCCUAUUUUUUUCUAUUUUCUCUUCCAUUUCUACUUUAUUUUUUUCUAUUACUUCCUAUUCUUCUCUUCUCUCGUUUUCUAUUAAUUCCUAUUUUCCUUUUCCCCCCAUUAUUUUAUCCUCUCUUCUCCUUUUUUUUUUUUUUCCUAUUACGUUCUCCUUUUUUUUUUUUUUCCAUUACUUCCUCCUCUCCUCCAUUUUUGCCAUCAUUGCCUCUUUGUCUCCUGUUUCCAUUUUCUCCUGACUUCCGCGUUCUGUCCCAGGGCCCCAUGUGCAGUUUGAACCAAAAAGUCCUUUUUUCUCCUCUAAAUUUCUCCUCCCUGCCUCGUCGCCGCCUCCGCUCUUCCACUCCCGGCUCCGAAAUCCCAAAUCUUCCUACAACGCCCUCAAAACAGCGCCGCUGGGGACCAAAACGCCUCUCCUCCUGCUGCCACGUUUUGGGUUAAGAACGCAGCUUUUUGGCUGUUGCCAUGGGGUGGGCGUGGGGCCACGUCGGCGUGAAGCCGCUGCUCACCUCGCUCUGAAACUCCUUCCAACUCCGCACCGCCACCCAUUUUUUCCAUCUUGCUCAUUUCUCCCUGUCCUCUUCGCUCUCCAUUUCUCCUCCUUCCAUCCAUCUUCUCUCAGAGCCAUCUUUCACUCCAGAACUUCACAUUUUAGCUCAGCGUUCGCUUUUCUCCCCCUGCACUUCUCUUCGGCUGGCGAAAAGCCCCGCUUUCGCCCCACAUCUCGCUCACCCUCCCUGCAGCUCCUCCACGCUCACGUUUUUCCACACUUCUCUCAUUUUCCUCCUCUGAAAGCCCUACCUCGAGCAAAGGGGAAA